AUAUUAUAAGAUUUAAGGGGGUUGCUAAGGGUUAGGAAGAGGGGGGUUACAAAAUAGAGCAGGUGAGUGGGUAAAGGGCUGCAUAGGUAUUUUUUAUUUAUUUUUGUUUCACUUUUUUUUGUGAAAUUGGGAUUUAGAUUGUGAAUUACUGUCUGAACCACACUCCGGAGCACGAGGGGGCAGUAAGGCGCCAUUAAGAUGGAAUGCUACCGCCGUAGAACACAAGAAAGAAGAUUAAGAAAACGGGUUUGAGCCUCAGCGCGCGCCGUAGCCUAACAGAAAGUGCAGCGUUUCAACUUUACGCCGCGCUUAUAUUCUCGUUCCAAGAAAAAUACAAAUGUCUUGUUGAUAUGGACCCUCUGCAGCCGGUUCGGGACCAGUUUAAUCUGCACAGUGAUGCGGAAGUAAAAUGGUUGGAAGAACUAUUUAAUUUAAUCAGAGACCAGAUUUGUCCUGUGCUCUCUGGCCCCGACACCUCCUGUCAGACAGCCAACCAGCGUGCGUCCAAUCUGACUGUGUGUGUGCUAAAGAGGAUACAAAAGAACAUGUCUGCCACACACACAUUACCUGUCAGCUACAGGCUGGUGUGCGUCUCUGAGCUUCUCUCUCACCAGCGUCUGGCCUGUGUCAUUAACUUGUCGUGGAGCACCCAUCAGCAGCGAACGUUGGCCAAGGAGGCUGAGCUGUCUCUGCCAGGUCAGCAGGCUUUACCACGAGCCAACCUGCUGCUGAUUGGCUGUCUGACGUACAACCAAGACGGCGAGUGGAGGCUGAUGGACGCCAGCGGCAGCGUCAGGUGUGAGGUCAUGUCUCCAUCACCUCUGUGGCUGAAUCGUCUCGUCUUCCUGCCCCACUGGCACUACAUCCCCCAAAAUGCUCCACAGCAAGCGCAGCCAGAUGCUCGAGGCUACUUAGAGAUGAUUGGCUCUCCGGUUCUGUUGAGUCCUGGCCUUGUGCAUGGAUCGGUGACUGCCCCUGUUGCAGGGGCGAGACCUGGAAUCACAGUCAGUGUCACAGAGGCUGCAGCCUUAGUACACAACAGGAUCCGAGGACAACGUUUGUCCGUCAGCGGCCAUGUAGCUUCUGUCUGCCCCUUGUUGGUCAUUGCAGGAACUUCCUUCUUCUGCUUCACACUGACAGACAAGACACACACAAUACCUGUCUUGGUCAAGGACAGCAGCAAGUUGUGGUGGACACAAUGUUUGUCCGUCGGGAUGGGUGUGUGUGUGACAGCCUUGCGUGUGUGUGUCCUGAAAGCCUGGAGAGGAAACAACAUUCUGUGUGUGACUGAACACUCCGAAAUACACAAGACACACACUCCAGCAGAGGACACGCCACCGGCCAUGUCUCCCCCACUGAUGACAUCACACCUAGGAGAAGGACAACCUGAGAUGUGCCUUGUCCAAUCAGCUGUCAGGAUCAAACAUUCCAGAGUUAUCAGUUACCAGGGCACAGUGACUGAAGUGGUGAGCGAAGGGGCGGGUCUGUACAUAAUGGACAAGGUGAUGGGUCUGUGUCUGGCCUAUCAGCCUACGCUGAGGAGGAGGCUCCGAGUGGGAGACAAAGUACAGCUCCAUCACGUUCACUUCCUCUACCGGCCCUGUCCUGAUUUUCCUCCCAGCAUGCUUUGCACUUGUCUGCGCUCCACUUUGACGGUGACAAACUUCAGCGGGGUGCUUGGCUCAGUCCCUAAUCACAGCUGUCCCGGUGAUGGUGUGUUGCCGCGGUUACUGGUGGAGAAGAGCACGGCCGUCUCCCAGUAUCUGUGGACCUGCCACCUCAGCUCCCAGCUGAAAUGCAGUCUGCUUUGCAGCACCACAACCCACUGUGUGUGUUUGCUGUCAUGGAAACUGAUGGAGAUUGUGUUAGGAGAAGGGCAACAACAAAGACGAGACAUCUACAUCGAGAUGCUGGACGAGCCUCACUCAUGUCUGCUAAUGCAGUAUGCGGCUGACUGGGCGCAGCAUCAAUAUGUCAGCCUAUCUGAGCUAUGCAAGUCCCUCCAAGAGGACUCUUGGGCUUCAUUAUCACUCAGCUCUCUGCUGCCAUCCGCUGGAGGUGGACUGACACGAGUCGAGAUGAACUCGGCCGUGGCCUGGUCCAGCAGGACUUUGACUUCUGACCCAACGGGCGAGCCCGGAGAGACGCUUGGACGGCGUCCCCUGCUGCUCGUCGGCGUGUUGGAGCUUCCUUCUCACCCAUCACAACACGUGCUUCAGCUGAGAGACGCUACAGGGGUUAUCGCCUGCGUCGUCACAGGCAACACCCAGGAGGAGGAGGGGGGAGGUCAAAGGGCUUUUUUAAAUACUGCAUGGAUAGGUUGUCUAGUAUGUGUCCAGCGGUUCACCAUGGUAACAGAGCGAUUCCUCCAAUCAGAUUUUCCCUCCUACCAACACUUAGACCAGGACAAGUUCAUCACACAUAAACACUGCAGGGUUUACCUCCAGUUUUCUCAGGAUUGCAUCCACAUUUUGAGUCCAUCUGCUGCCAUGGUAACUCACCUAUGUCAGAAAGGGGUGGAGUCAGUAGAUAAGAAGAAAAAGGUUCAAAUAGCUGCGACAAAGAAGAGAAGAAGAUGGGAAGAGGAGCCAGAGGCCUCCCAGUCUUCUUCCUCCAUUCCCAUGACAGCCACCUACCCCUGCGUCUCAGUGGUCCUCAGGCUGGAGCAGAAGACUGGUGUGACUUGGAUGAACACAGGGGUAGGGCUAGAGGAAGAGGAGGCUGGACUGAUCGCUUGCUUCUCUGCUAAAUCCACUGUGGUUGGUCCAGUGGUAGCCUGGGGGCAUGACCCAAAGAACAGGCCAAUGGAGGACUCUGAGGUGGACAAAGAGAAACAGGUGAACGUGGUGUGUUCAGGUGCGUCAGCUCGCUGGUUUCCUGUCCUCCAGUCAGGAUGUUUUUACAGACUAGUGGUACCCAACACACAGGAUUGCAGCGUGUUGAUUGACUGUGCUGUCUCUGGGUCGAGAAGCGACUUCACUGUGAAGGUGCAAUCUGAUUGGAAGUUUCACACACUGACACGCCCACUCUUUGUGCACACCUAUGAACAGAAUGUCUCAUCCACUGUGUCAUCGGUGUCUCAAGUCCUGGACAACAGUUGUGCAGAUGUGGUGUGUUUCCAGGGUUUUGUUUCUGAGCGAAUCAAUCUGGAUGACAGGACAAAGAACACUGGACAUGCUCAAAUAGGUCUGUCUCUUUCCUACACACACACACACACACACACACACACACACACACACUCAAAAGACAAAAAAAAGCAGUACACGUGUGUGUGUUUGUGUUCAGGUGUGCGUCUCACAGUGUGUGACCAAAGUGGGAGGAGCAUCAAUGUCUACCUGAAGUUGAAGAACCUCAACUACCCGCCUGGUCUGUUGCCAGGCAACACUCUGAUGCUCUCAAAUUUCCACAAAAAACUGUCCAGGACAGGAAGUGUGUACUGCACUAAUCUACCAGUCAGCUGGGUGGCGGUCGUGCGUGUGCGAGAUAAAAGUUCUGAGGGACGCCCACCGGUUCCCAUCAUGCACCUGGGCCUGUGGACUCGACAGAGCAGCACCGUGGGUCGAAUCAAAGGUCACGUGGUGUGUUUCCUGUUCCUGCAGCUGCAGUGGAAGUGUUCACAGUGUGGGAGUGUUUUCCGACAGUCAGCUUGCAGUCAGUGUCUCUCGUCCUCAGCUUGCGUCUUUGACAGCACAGCUAAGUUGGUAAUCGACGACGGCACAGGUGAGGCUCACGUGCGUUUCUCAGGGAUGCAUGUUCGUCAGCUGCUUGGAUUGGCCCAUUCUCAGUGGGAGGGUCUUCAAAGAGCACUCAAAGUCAGAGGUGACAUCACAGUGUAUCCCCGCGGACGGAGUACGUCGUGCGACUCAGACGAUUGGCUGCUUCACUUCCUGUUGUUAUGUGUGCGGAGAGUUGACUCAUUGUUUUUGACCUGCAGCAGACAACACGAAGCCAAAACAGAAGUGGUCAAAACGUUGAGUCGCAGAAAGCGAGACUUCUUGACCAGGUUGGCCCCGCCUCCAAAGCUCACCUGUCAGCAAAUGCACAGCUUGCCGACUGCACAUUGAUAGUUCAUGUUGUGUUGCCAUUUUCACUCCACCGCAGUCUGCUUGAAGGGUUACUGUGUGGGUGGAGCCUGUCAGUUGAUGACGAGCAAAUAUUGAUAUAUUCUGACUGAAAUAAAAAAGUACAACUGA